CGGUCAGUCUGCACAGCGCGUUAUAACGUUCAGAACGAGCGUCAGGUAUCUUAACAAAUUUCCCCGGACAGAACACCCGAUGGCCAGAAAAUACUAUCGUCAAUAUGCGCUAAAGUAGUUUGGGUUAUUAGCGUCUAUGAAUGGGCUGAGCUAACUAGCUGUCACCCAUACUCACAAAGAGAGACAGGAACUCGUCUCUGAGUUGAACGGCUAAAUUGAUCAAAUUCCAUGCAGUUUAAAAUAAAUAAAAUCUGCCCCGGAAGUGUACAUUGUUGCACCGGAAGAUAUACAGUAAAUAUGCGAAUUCGUUUCGCACAGGAAAACAUUUUUCAUUCAGUUUUGAGCUGUGAAGAUGGCAAAUAGGACGGUUAAAGAUGCCAACAGUAUACAUGGAACAAAUCCACAAUACUUGGUGGAGAAAAUUAUUCGUACUCGAAUCUAUGAAUCAAAAUAUUGGAAAGAAGAAUGCUUUGGACUGACCGGUGAGUUGGAGCCAUAAUUAUAGAGGCCUUUAGCAUGGGCCGCGCCAUUAAGGGCUUCCACCAUUUUAAAGUAGUCAGUAGUCAACCGGGUGGGGUUUGUUGCCUCAAUGGCACUGCCCAUGCUGUCACAGAUGCAAUAAUGGCACAGAUAUAAGAUGAGUCUCUAUCUAUAUCUAUGGUUGGAGCUAGCGAACAGCUAACGCUAGUUAGCUUGAAAUACAAAUACCACAAAUGUAAACAUAGUAGUACUAGGAAGUGCGCUAGCUAGCAUCUAGUCAUGUUUACCCUGUUACAUUCACGUAUAGGUUUAUGCACACCAAAAGUACUAGUUAGCGAACAAUGCCUGCUCAAUAUUGACGAUCUUAUUUCUGAUUUUGGUUUCUCUUUGAUCACUAGCCGAGCUUGUCGUUGACAAAGCCAUGGCGCUGAAGUUUGUCGGUGGAGUUUAUGGCGGAAAUAUCAAACCGACACCUUUCCUGUGUCUCACUCUGAAGAUGCUGCAGAUCCAGCCAGAGAAAGACAUCAUCGUAGAAUUCAUAAAAAACGAGGAUUUCAAGUAAGAUUUUGCAUUCAUGCUGGUUAUAGUAUAAGAAGCCUUUAUGUAUUAGUUUUUCUAACUUUUCAUUUAUGACUAUCUUGUAACUCCCAGCUUGACAAAUGUGAUUUAAAAAAUCCGAACCUACAUGGCAACCUCACUGUGAUGUUUUCUACACCUUAGGUAUGUCCGCUUGCUUGGAGCCAUGUACAUGAGGUUGACUGGGACAUCAGUGGAUUGCUACAAAUACCUGGAACCACUGUACAACGACUACAGAAAAAUCAAGAGUCAGAACCGAAAUGGGGGUGAGUCCUUUCGUUUACAUGGAAUGAUUAUACAAUGCGAAAUUGUCUACCUUGGAUUUAAAUGGCACUUUCUCCUCUCACCCUCUGUUUCAGAGUUUGAGCUGCAACACGUUGAUGAGUUUAUUGAUGAACUACUACACGCUGAGAGAAUGUGUGACAUAAUCCUUCCCAGGCUUCAGGUAGGUAUCAUACCCGUGUAUGUGCUCACAUCCCUUGUUUCACUGACCUAGACUGCUGAUGUGUGUGUGUGUGUGUGAGUGUGUUAACUACAGAAAAGACAGGUUCUUGAGGAGGCAGAGCUGUUAGACACACGCAUCAGUGCCCUGGAAGAGGACCUGGAUGAGGUGGAGACCAGCGAUGAGGAAGAUGAGGAAGAGGAGAAGGUAGUCGUCUUAACUUUAUCCCCCUUUCCAUUCUAUCCCCUGCAUAAGCUAACUGUAAAGUUGAGUAAACUUACGCUAGUGUAGUGGGUGGAAGAAUUCUAACGUUGUUUCACUGUCCAUGUCUGUCUCUCUGUCGUCUUUCUGUUCAAAUGUCUACAGACAGAGAGAGUUCAGACCCCAGAGCCUCACAGACGGAGUUACCGAGACAACGAUCGGCCUCGCCACUCGCCCUCUCCACGCUACAGACGCAGCAGUCGUUCACCCAGACGGUAACUAACCAGACAUAUCUCAAAGUUCAUAGUAGGGAUGUAAUUAAUGUUUAAGAUACGAGUGCAUCAAUCCGCGAGACCCCAAACGGCUCCAAAUCUAGCAUGCAUCGGUCAGAAAAUUGAUUCCAACAUUACGAAUGGCUUUUUUUUAAAGCUCAUAUUACUUUAUUUCUACCUUCUGAAAAUACCUCUCAUUUUCAGUGUCGAACUAAGCAUGUAACUGCGUUGACAGUCGUUGAUCUACAAGUCAUUUUGCAUGCCAAACAACCCCAGGCAAUAUCAGUAGCCUAGUCAAACUGCGAACUGUGCGAGGCUUCGCACUCUGACCAAAGAGAGGUCUAUUCCUGAUCUUGCACCUUAAGCAUUCAAAUGUUUGUAAAAUGGCUUGCGCAAUAUUAGGCUUUAUUAGUUGAGUGUCAGCUAAUGUAAUUUGCUAGGUUGUUGCUAUCAAAUGUGUUGAAAAUAGUGUUUUACGGGAAUAAAUGUAAGCUACCGCAUACCGGAGACACAACUCAUCUGGCUAUACCUGCUGAUCAGGGCUUACAUUAUAUUUUAUUUUGAUUGUUCAGGUUCACCAUCAGAUAUAGUAUUGGUAGUUUUGCUUUAAACAAUCAGUGUAUAUGGUCAUUUUUAGAUAUAUGGGAUAAAGUUAACUUCAUAACGAGGACAGCAAUCACUUUUGGAACCACAAUGCAUGGCAAAACGAGAGGAGAAGAGAAGCUCCGUAAAAAUGUUUAAUACCUUUCGAUUUUGAGACGGGUGAAAUCCAAAGUUGUGCUAUACACCGAGUGUACAAAACAUUAGGAACACCUUCCUAAUCUGGAGUUGCACCCCCUUUUGCCCUCAAAACAGUGUCAAUUAGUCGGGGCAUGGGCUCUACAAGGUGUCAAAGCGUUCCACAGGGAUGCUGGCCCAUGUUGACUCAAAUGCGUCCCACGGUUGUCAAGUUGGCUGGAUGUUCUUUGGGUGGUGGACCAUUCUUGAUACACAUAGGAAACUGUUGACCAUGAAAAACCUAGCAGUGUUGCAGUCAAACCAGUGCGCCUGGCACCUACUACCAUACCCCGUUCAAAGGCACUUAAAUCUUUUGUCUUUCCCAUUCACCCUCUGAAUGGCACACAUACACAAUCCAUGUCUCAAUUGUCUCCACGCUUAAAAAUCCUUCUUUAACCUGCCUCCUCCCCUUCAUCUACACUGAUUUGAAGUGGAUUAAUUGGCUGUCAUAGCUCAUUUCUUAAGAUAAAUAUUGAUACAUUACUGGCUCAAACACUUAUAAUCUGCAAAAAUGACAAGUUAAUUAGUAGGUGAUGUCAGAUCAAAAGUGGGGGGACAAAAAGCGUACAUGCAUUGCCCCCCCCCCCCCCCCUCUGUUUGAUCUCUUAUGGUUCAGUUUAGGUGCCUACAUACACUAAUAGAUGUAUACAUCACACACACACACACAGAAAGACGUCAGAUCCAGCUCAGAGAGGCCCAGCUCAUGAGCUCCAUCAGCAGUAGAUUUUUAUUUAGAAUGGAAUAAUGAAUGUGUUUAUGCAACAAAUGUUAGUGCAUCGAACCGAAUCGUUUCAAACUAAAACGUAUCAUUCCUGUGUCUCAUCGGAGCACAUGAAUCUGGAAACGCAUUGAAUCAUCUUGAAAGAUCCCUAGUUCAUAGUCUUUUCCUAUAACAUCCUCAAGACACUAAAGAUUUGUGCAUCCUUUUUAUUCUGUCUAGGAGGAGCAGAUCACCUAAGAGACGAAGGUAUGAAGCUAUGUUCUCUGCUUGGAUUCUUCUCUGCUGGAUUUCUCUUAUUUUCCUUUGUUUGAAUUCCUAACUCUGAUGGUAUUGAAUAUAAUAACACAGAACCUACUUUAAGUGUUUAAUUCGUAAAUGAGCUGAGACUCAGAUUUACUUCACUAGGGUCCUGGUUACUUGUAAACAGUGCCCUGUAUUAAUGAUGCCUGUAUUGUUUCUGUCUCCUGUUGCCACACAGCCCAUCCCCCAGACGAGAACGCCACCGCAGCAAAAGCCCCCGUCGCCACCGCAGCCGCUCUCGGGAGAGACGUCACCGCUCAAAGUCCCCAGGUAUCAUAGCAAUGGCUACCAUGCCAUCCUGCAACGCACAAGAUAAAAAAUUCACACCAGUGUUUAUAUUUGUGAUGUGUGACAUAUUUUCUGCUGUAAUCAUUAGACUUUAAGAUGUUUGUAACAAUAGUUUCCCCUGCCCAGUCUGACCUAGAGCUGUCUCUAUUUUGUCCCAGGGCAUCACAGAAGCCACAGGCAUCGCAGUCACUCCAAAUCCCCAGAGAGGUGAGUGA